CAGCAACAGCAACAACACCAGCAGGAUGUCCAACAAGGUGAUGCUGCUCAGACCCAAUUGAAGUCGCUGCCACCAAAAGAAAUCAUUGCUACCAAAGUAACAGGCACCGUGAAAUGGUUCAAUGUAAAGAGCGGUUAUGGUUUCAUCAACCGAAAUGACACCAAGGAAGAUGUGUUUGUUCAUCAGAGCGCCAUUGCAAGAAACAAUCCGAAAAAGGCAGUACGUUCUGUUGGCGACGGAGAAGUUGUGGAAUUCGAUGUAGUCAUAGGCGAGAAGGGCAAUGAGGCUGCUAAUGUGACUGGUCCAUCCGGUGAACCGGUACGUGGUAGUCAAUUUGCAGCAGACAAACGUCGGAAUUAUCGUCCAUGGAAUAAUCGCAAUCGCCGCAAGCCACAGGGUGGACAAGGACCUGACGGCAAUGUACAACAGGGUGCCGAAGGUGAAGUCAGACCGGACGGUCAACAACAACAACAACGUCCGCAACGCAAUUAUCGCCGUGGAGGUGGUCCUGGUGGUCCUAGUGGCCCAGGUGGUCGUGGCGGUCGUGGCCGUCGUUUCAACAAUUACUUUCCCCGAAACCAAGGUGGUAGACGCUCAGGUGGCGGCGAAGGGGGAUUGAUAGAGGGCGGCAAUGACCAGAACGCUGACUCCACACAAAGGGGCGGUGAUGGUCAAGGUUUGCCCGCACGACGUGGAGGCCCACAAAGACGUUUCUUCCGUCGUAACUUCAACAAUGGCGGCGGACGACGUGGUCCACGCGGAGAUGAAGGCAAUGGUGGACAAGGUCCUCCGCGCAACAAUCGCCCAAGACGAAACCGUAAAACUAGCGGCGCUGGAGGUGCCUCUGGAGGCGAAGGCCAACAUCAGCAGCCUCAGCAGUAACCCACAGGAGCACCAACAUAAACAUGCAUAACUCAUAAACACUCUUGUUUGUUUUCUUAGAUUUUAUAUUGAUUUUUCUUUAUUUUGUUUUCCUUUCGGUAUAACCCUCCAUUGUUUUACCCGAAAUACUUCCUACGCCUCUGCAAAAAAAAAAAACGCCAACUCGAACAACUCAACCAUCCACGUCCCGACAUCCAAAUAUCCCGUCGCUAUACCGACCUAACUUUCGCUCAUCAAUUUGAAUAUGAUCGCAUGUAGGAUGUUGGUCACGAAGUGCAGAAUACAACAACUGAAAGUACAGCAUAAAACUGUUUGCGAUUGGGUGCCUCCAAUGCGAUUCUACACUGAACAACCAACCAACCAUUAUGUUACAGGAGCGGAAUCGAGCUGUUUAAGUAAAGCUCGUUUGAAUUAACCAAAUUAAUUUCGUCUUCGUUUAUAGAACCGAAUCCAUUGGAACGCAUUACAGACUACUAAAAAAGAUAAAAUCUAAAAACAAAAUGUUAUCAACGUAACGCACGUAUGUAAAUCGAUUAUAUCUGCUAUGCGUAAGAAAAUUAAAAGAAAAAAGCAGAACUGCGUAACACCUUGUACACAAAUAAACGUUUUAAGUUGCAUUUUAGCGUUUCAGAUAUCCACUUUAAUUAGACUGAUGGUAGUAGAAGUAAAGUAGCAGUCGAAAAUAUUUAAACCUUCCUUUUGGUCCUAUUUAUUAUUAUUUUUAUCGUAUCUGUAAAAUUUUACAUAUCGCACACCUAGAUCUGAAGUGCGAUCAACUCAAAAAAAUGUAUGGCGAUUUUUUUUGCAUAAAUAAAUUCAGACUUACAUUCAAUUAAUGCGAAUAAUUUUUCUUCAUGAUUAUAUACAUCAACUAAAAAACCACUGUUAUACGUGUUUUUGUAUUAAUUGCGUUGAAUCUGUAUUAUCCACAAGCAGUUAUAUUUCCCCGUCUGUAUUUUGAGUUGGCUCACUUUAGAUCUAGGUGUGCGAUAUGAUCGUCAUAUUGUUCAUUAUAUUAUAUUUAAAAUAUUUAUUUAAUAAAAAGUGUGCCUAAGUUGAAAGUAAAUUUGCAUAGGAACUAUUGUAAAUGUUUUAAACUGUUGUAGCCAGUGAUUGUGAUACCAUUCUUGUCAUUUUGUGCAGUUUGAAGCAAAAAAUUAUACUGAUUCGACACACACGAUAACGAGAUGGUGAAUAAUUGAAUCUACAUUUUUUAUCGGAAUACAAAAUUGGUCACCACGACAAAUAAUCAACCAAAAUAAUCAUGGGUAUGCUCGAGCUACGUAAUUACCGCAAUAUUGCAGCCUUGUUGCUUUCUUGAUGAUAUAUUGCUGAUGCUCAACUGAAAAUAUUUGAAAUACUGCAGAAAUUGUGUAGUAAAAAUUUGUAUAAUGCUUUUGAUUUGACAAUUUUGUUCCUCGAACGCUUUAUGCAGGCAGAGUUGCGUAGAACUUGAUGCUUCUUUAUAAAAAGUAGCACUGCCGCAUUAGUUGGAGCUCGAAUACACCCCAUGUUGGCUUAUGACGCACUGUCGAAAUCUAAUCGUCACAGCUUGUGUUGCGUAUUUUAUUCGCUUAACCCAUAAUGUAAAUGAUAUUUCGUUAUUAAAUAUUUUGCUAUAACUUAAUAUAUUUUUCAAAUAUUAGUAUUUCUUUUAUCGAAAUCCGUGUUAAAUUUCACAUAAAUUCUACUGUUAUUUGAAUUCAUUUUCGAUGAGGCUCAUUUUCUUAAACUCAACAUAUGUACUUUUUUGCGUAUAUUCUAUUCUAUUUUCGUUUUCAUUUCUUUACUACUAUUUAAAAAACAAAGUAACUACAUAAACAUACAUAUAUACAUGUACUUUAAAAUGUGUGGAUUUUAAAAAGCUACAAAUCCUUAAGACGUAGCUUACGACAAUGUACUACAUGUUUAAAUUUAAUAUUUAUUUAAUAUUAUGAUCACAUCAUUCAAUCACUUUUUUUUGUGUUUGAACAGCUAAUACUAAACUCGUUUACAGUGUUUUUGCAAAAAUAUGCUCAUGAACCAUAAUUAUACACACUAAAUGUCUAAAAGAAGCAUAUAAACGCAUGCAUACGUAAUUAUUUUGUUUUUGGAAAAAAUACAAAAAAAUUGUAAAACCCUAAAUAAAUAUUAUUAGAAACUUA